UUUAGCGUCCAAAAAUUUGAAUUUCAAUGAACUAGCUACUUUGUUGUUUAUUAUUUUGUGAUAGCGGCGUUCCCAAAUUUUCUAAAUGUAAUCGAUAGAAUUUUUAUCUUUACAGUACUAAAGGUCAUGCUCUUUUUCAAAUAUAUUUCCAUUAAAGUGUUACAAGCUGUUAUCAAGUGUUAUUACAUCUCAGUUAAGCAGCAGUAUGUGCCUCGAUGUUUGACUAGUUCUGUUCUAAGUGCGUCUCAAAGAAAUGUAUGUUAUUUUAGGGGGGCUACUAUGUAGCCUGGUCCUGUUAUUUUCUUUCGGUUUCUACACAUUUUACGGCUCUCUACAGCUGUUUCUAGUGCUCCAACUAACUUAUUUUAUAUUUAUUCUCAAAGGAUGCAAGAAGAUGGUUGAUUUAAUAUCAAACAAGAUCUAUGAGACUUACAAUCGUUUUUCUCCAUCAAACAACCACCAAAAUGAUACUUUAGCCUCUUUGAACACUCUGAAAAGACAUUCUACUGAUGCAAGAUACAGAAAUCGUCUUAUAAAAGAAGCUGAUAGAGAGAUUAAAGAAUCUCAAUUAUAUCACUUGAAAGAGGCAGUUCCUGACCUUAACGUUACUUUGAGGCCUACUUUCGUGGGGCUUUGCUGCCAAAAUUGCUCUUUAACUAGUCGGGAAUCUUUGGUUAAAAGAACCACAGAACAACUAUCCCUGAUCAACAUACUCAACUACAGCCCACCAAUCAGCAGAAACGGAUUGGUAACCAGAGCUUUUUCACAUCUACACCAAGUAUGGGAGUUGAGAAGAUACAGAUACCCUCAAGUAUCUCACUUAGUUUUAAAAGAUGAUCGAGUGAUCAAAGCAAUUGAAAAAACAGCAAUUCAACAGUUCCAAGCUUCUGACAAUAGUGAAGAUGAGUUCUACAUGCAGUUGAUGAAGAAAAACCAGAAGAGGGCUCAGAGUUUGUUGCUUGGGAUGAGAUCAACCCUUUCAGAUUUUCUUUUAAGAUUUACGUCAUGGAUUUUGUAUAAACUGCUUCCAUGCUUCCUGGGAUCUGUCAUAGUGCAUCCAGGUCAGGUUGAGAUGCUGAAAGAAGCUUCCAAGUCUAACCUACCCUUGAUAUUUCUUCCCUUGCACAGAUCGCAUUUGGAUUAUAUCUUAAUUUCAUUUAUUUUGUUAAAUAAUAAUAUUCGUUCACCUCUGGUUGCAGCGGGAGACAAUCUUAGAAUACCAUUUUUUGGCUCCCUCCUACGUGGUUUGGGCGCUUUCUUUAUCAGGAGACGUCUUCAUCCGACCCCCGAGGGCGGUAAAGACUACGUCUACAAAGCCGUCCUACACACUUACAUGAAUUUGUGCCUUAAAGCCGGUCACAAUAUUGAGUUUUUCCUGGAAGGUGGUAGGACUAGAACUGGGAAACCUUGCAUGCCAAAAUAUGGGGUUUUGAGUGUGAUUGUAGAGAGUUUUUUGGACGGGACAGUCGAAGAUGCUCUUUUGGUGCCUGUUAGCGUGAACUACGAGAAAUUGGUUGAUGGGAAUUUUAUAACUGAGCAACUGGGACAGCCGAAAAAGAUGGAGACCUUUGGGCAGACUUUGAAAGGGAUUUGGGGUGUGUUGAAUAGUAAUUACGGUAUGAUGAGGAUCGAUUUUAAUCAACCGUUUUCGUUAAGAGAACUUAUAUCAAGUAUAAAUACUAGUUCUAAGCCAGACAAGCCUAGUAUACAAAAUAGGGUUUUGAAGUCAAAUCCGUCCACUAAUAGUUUGUAUGGAACCGAUAUUAUAUCAGAUGAACACAAAAAUUUGGUUGAAAAUGUCUCAAAACACGUAAUUUUUGAUUGUUCGCAAGCAACGACAGUCAUGUCUACCAACGCUUUAGCCUUUUUACUGCUAACCAAAUACAGAAACGGGGUAAGCCUGCAAGACCUUGCAGUGGCCUUGGAGGAACUCAGGAAAGAACUGAUCUAUUCCAGAAGAAACGUCGGUUUUACUGGGGACCCUGUAGAUGUGAUUAAUUAUGCCAUAUAUAUUUUGGGUCCAGGUCUAAUCAAAAGAGAAAAACAAAAAACAGAAGACAUAAUAAAACCCGUAGCCAUAUUACCUAACGUCAUCGAGCUGUCAUAUUACAGCAACACUGUCGUCGGCCAUUUUGCCAUAGAGUCCGUUGUUGCCAUAUCUCUCAGCGUGACGGAGAUGCGUUUGAGUACGGUGUCGCACGACGAUCUGCUCGAGAACGCUCUGGGACUUUGCGACAUUUUCCAGUAUGAAUUCUUGUUUUGCAAGCCUUGUCAGGUGUUGGAACAGGUUGUUACUGGUGCCAUUGACGAUUUAGCAUCGAGAAAAGAAAUAUUUUUAGUGGAAGAUGAAUCUGAACUCGUACAAAGAAGCAAACGGAUAGCCUCACAGUUUGAGGACGAAAAUGAAGAAGAAGAAAACGAGAGAUUUUUCCAGAAACUCUACAAACUAAACGCUACCAAAGAGACGGUAGAUUUUUUGAAGGACCUGAGGAACAUAUUGCUGCCCUUAGUUGAAACGUAUGCUGUCACUGCUUUUGUCUUGGACAAGCUGGUUCAAAGACAGCUCUUGGAAAAUGAAUUAGUUGAAGAGGUGUUGAUUGAACUUAAAAAUCAACUUAGUAGAGGGUCUAUUGACUAUGAUGAAAGUGUCUCUGUGGAUCCCAUAAAAAACGCGUUGAAGCUGUUCCAAAAGUGGGACGUCCUCGAAUGUCACAACGAAGGAAAAUUACGCCUGUACUAUCUGAAAGAGAAUUUUGACAGCUCAGAGGCUGUCAGAGAGGUGUAUAAUAAAGUAAACAAAUACAGAAACUUCUUACUUUGAAUCAACUCAUGUCUUUUUAAUGUAUAUUUUUAAGGUUUCAAAAAAUUUUAUCAUUUUUAAAAAAAAUCAUGAAUAUUUAAUUUUUCUAAAAAAAAUGUAAGAAAUUUUUUAAUAGUUGUUAUGUUGUUAGCUUUUCACUUAAGUGGAGUCAUUUUUUAUCGAUUGGAUAUUAAUAAAAAAGAUCUGUGAUAAAUAAAACGAUAGCUGUUUAA